AGAAAACACCAACAGGAAGGAUAACUUGAAGCACUCUUGACCCUUUCACUUUCAAUUUCUUGGCUACACUACAAGCAACCAGAAUGUCGGGGGCUUCCGUGAAAGUGGCUGUUCGGGUCCGGCCCUUCAAUUCCCGAGAAACCAGCAAAGAGUCCAAAUGUAUCAUCCAGAUGCAAGGCAAUUCAACAAGUAUUAUCAACCCAAAGAAUCCUAAGGAAGCACCAAAGUCCUUCAGCUUUGACUACUCUUACUGGUCCCACACAUCGCCUGAAGACCCCUGCUUUGCAUCUCAGAACCGUGUAUACAAUGAUAUUGGGAAGGAGAUGUUGCUGCAUGCCUUUGAGGGCUACAAUGUCUGCAUUUUUGCCUAUGGACAAACUGGAGCUGGGAAAUCCUACACCAUGAUGGGCAAGCAGGAGGAGGGCCAAGCAGGCAUAAUCCCCCAGCUGUGUGAAGAGCUGUUUGAAAAAAUCAAUGACAACAGCAAUGAGGAAAUGUCAUAUUCUGUAGAGGUGAGUUACAUGGAGAUUUACUGUGAGAGAGUCAGAGACUUGUUGAACCCGAAGAACAAAGGGAAUCUGCGGGUGAGAGAACAUCCUCUGCUGGGGCCCUACGUGGAAGAUCUCUCCAAGUUAGCAGUCACAUCUUACACAGACAUUGCAGACCUCAUGGAUGCUGGGAAUAAAGCCAGGACUGUGGCAGCUACCAACAUGAAUGAAACCAGCAGCCGCUCUCAUGCUGUUUUCACCAUCGUCUUUACUCAGAAGAAACAUGACACAGAAACUGACCUUUCCACAGAGAAGGUCAGCAAGAUUAGCCUUGUGGAUCUAGCUGGGAGUGAACGAGCUGAUUCAACUGGUGCCAAAGGAACCCGAUUAAAGGAAGGAGCAAAUAUAAACAAGUCUCUCACAACUCUGGGCAAAGUUAUUUCAGCACUGGCUGAAGUGAGUAAAAAAAAGAAGAAGACAGACUUUAUUCCAUACAGGGAUUCUGUACUAACAUGGCUUCUUCGAGAAAAUCUAGGUGGUAACUCCAGAACUGCAAUGGUUGCUGCUUUGAGUCCUGCAGACAUCAACUAUGAUGAAACUUUGAGCACUUUAAGAUAUGCUGAUCGUGCAAAACAGAUUAAGUGCAACGCUGUGAUCAAUGAAGAUCCCAAUGCUAAGCUGGUGCGUGAGCUGAAGGAGGAGGUGACAAGGCUGAAGGAUCUCCUGCGUGCCCAAGGGCUGGGAGAUAUUAUUGACACCUCCAUGGGGUCCCUCAGUGCAUCUCCAUCCUCCUGCUCUCUCAGUAGUCAGGUGGGCUUAACAUCUGUGUCCAGUAUACAGGAAAGAAUCAUGUCCACACCUGGAGGAGAAGAAGCAAUUGAGCGUUUGAAGGAAUCUGAGAAGAUCAUUGCAGAGCUGAAUGAAACAUGGGAAGAAAAGCUGAGGAAAACUGAAGCCAUUAGGAUGGAAAGGGAGGCAUUGUUGGCAGAAAUGGGAGUUGCCAUUCGGGAAGAUGGAGGAACACUGGGAGUCUUCUCACCCAAAAAGACUCCUCAUCUUGUAAACCUUAAUGAAGAUCCACUCAUGUCUGAAUGUCUGCUUUACUACAUCAAAGAUGGUAUUACUAGGGUUGGCCAAGCUGAUGCUGAGCGAAGGCAAGACAUUGUAUUGAGUGGGGCUCACAUCAAAGAAGAACACUGUAUCUUUAGAAGUGAGAGGAACAACAAUGGUGAAGUUAUUGUUACUUUGGAGCCUUGUGAACGAUCAGAAACUUAUGUUAAUGGCAAGAGAGUUGUGCAGCCUGUACAGCUGCGCUCAGGAAAUCGUAUCAUUAUGGGUAAAAAUCAUGUCUUCAGAUUCAACCAUCCAGAGCAAGCACGAGCAGAAAGAGAGAAAACACCAUCAGCUGAGACUCCCUCUGAGCCAGUUGACUGGACAUUUGCUCAGAGAGAGCUUCUGGAAAAGCAGGGCAUUGACAUGAAGCAGGAGAUGGAAAAAAGAUUACAAGAAAUGGAGAUCUUGUAUAAGAAGGAGAAGGAGGAAGCUGAUCUGUUGUUGGAGCAGCAAAGGCUGCUUCCCCCCAGCAAGCUCCAAACCAUUGUAAAAAAGUUGGAGCUAAGGAGCAGUAACUCAGCUGCUUCCACAGAAGACUGUGGGAAAAGGCUUUCAGUGCCCUGGACGCGACAUGAGUAUGAACUGGCACAAUGGGCUUUCAGGAAGUGGAAAUUUCACCAGUUCACUUCACUGAGGGACCAGCUCUGGGGAAAUGCAGUAUAUCUGAAAGAAGCCAAUGCAAUCAGUGUAGAGUUAAAGAAAAAGGUGCAGUUUCAGUUUGUCCUGCUGACAGACACCCUCUACUCCCCACUGCCACCAGAGCUUUUGCCCACUGAGCUGGAGAAGAUGCGGGACAAUAGGCCUUUCCCCCGUACCGUGGUAGCUGUGGAAGUCCAGGAUCUGAAGAAUGGAGCAACUCAUUACUGGUCCUUAGAAAAACUCAAGCAGAGGUUGGACCUGAUGCGUGAGAUGUAUGACAGAGCUGGGGAAAUGGCAUCUAACACCCAGGAUGAGAGUGAAAGCACAAUGACAGGCAGUGACCCCUUUUAUGAUCGCUUUCACUGGUUCAAGCUGGUUGGGAGCUCCCCCAUAUUCCAUGGCUGCGUGAACGAGCGUCUCGCUGAUCGCACGCCCUCCCCCACUUUCUCCACGGCUGACUCCGACAUCACUGAACUGGCUGAUGAGCAGCAGGAUGAGAUGGAGGACUUUGAUGAUGAGGCCUUUGUGGAUGAUACUGGCUCCGACGUUGGAACUGAGGAGGGAUCAGACCUCUUCAAUGAUGGGCGCGACCCGUUUUACGACCGAUCCCCUUGGUUCAUUUUAGUGGGAAGAGCAUUUGUGUACCUGAGCAACCUGCUGUACCCGGUGCCUCUGAUUCACAGAGUGGCUGUUGUUAGUGAGAAGGGAGAAGUACGAGGAUUUCUGCGAGUAGCAGUCCAGGCUAUAGCAGCUGAUGAGGAAGCCCCAGAUUAUGGCUCUGGAAUUCGACAGUCUGGCACAGCCAAAAUCUCAUUUGACAAUGAAUACUUUGAUAAGAGUGACUUUUCUUCAGUUGCGAUGACUCGGUCUGGGCUGUCAUUGGAAGAACUAAGAAUUGUGGAAGGGCAAGGACAGAAUUCAGAGGUUACCACUCCUCCAGAGGAGAUCAACAGAAUCAAUGAGUUAGACCUGAAAUCGGCCACUUUGGAUGGAAAGAUGACAAUGGAAGGAUUCACUGAGGAAAUUGGUGAUCACUUGAAGCUGGGCAGUGUAUUUACCUUCCGUGUGACAGUGCUGCAGGCCAGUGGCAUCCUUCCUGAAUAUGCAGACAUCUUCUGCCAGUUCAACUUUUUGCACCGACACGAUGAAGCUUUUUCAACAGAACCUCUCAAAAACAAUGGUCGAGGGACUCCCCUGGCGUUUUACCAUGUCCAGAAUAUAGCUGUGGAAGUGACGGAAUCGUUUGUGGAGUACAUCAAAUCCAAGCCUAUUGUGUUUGAAGUCUUUGGACAUUAUCAGCAGCACCCUCUCCAUCUGCAAGGACAGGAUCUCAACAGCCCUCCACAGCCUUCCCGAAGAUACUUUCCUCCCCCUAUGCCACUCUCCAAGCCAGUGCCAGCUACAAAGCUAAAUACCAUGAGCAAACACAGCUUGGGCCAGAGUGUGAGCAAGUAUGACCUCCUUGUAUGGUUUGAGAUCAGUGAAUUGGAGCCAACGGGGGAGUAUAUUCCUGCUAUUGUGGACCACACUGGAGGCCUGCCCUGUCAGGGGACAUUCCUACUCCACCAGGGAAUCCAGCGCAGAAUCACAGUCACCAUCAUCCAUGAGAAGGGCAGUGAGUUGCACUGGAAAGAUGUGAGAGAGCUGGUUGUUGGUCGUAUAAGAAAUAAAGCAGAGGUAGAUGAAGCUGCUGUGGAUGCUAUUCUGUCUCUGAAUAUUAUCUCUGCAAAAUACCUGAAGUCCUCUCACAGCUCCAAUAGGACUUUCUAUCGGUUUGAAGCAGUUUGGGAUAGCUCCUUGCAUAAUUCCCUGCUCCUCAAUCGAGUGACACCGUAUGGAGAGAAGAUAUAUAUGACCCUUUCUGCUUACUUGGAGCUUGACCACUGCAUCCAGCCUGCAGUCAUAACAAAGGAUGUUUGUAUGGUCUUUUACUCACGAGAUGCCAAGAUCUCCCCCCCACGAUCACUGCGCAACCUCUUUGGCAGUGGCUACUCCAAAUCUCCAGAUUCCAAUCGAGUGACUGGGAUCUAUGAACUAAGUUUGUGCAAAAUGGCAGACACAGGAAGUCCAGGAAUGCAGAGAAGGAGGAGGAAAGUCCUGGAUACAUCUGUGGCAUAUGUGCGAGGAGAAGAGAACCUGGCAGGUUGGAGGCCCAGAGGUGACAGCCUCAUUCUAGAGCAUCAAUGGGAACUGGAGAAACUGGAGCUGCUGCAUGAGGUGGAAAAAACCCGGCAUUUCCUUCUGCUUCGUGAAAAGCUUGGUGACAGUAUCCCCAAGUCCCUGAGUGACUCCUUGUCUCCCAGUCUGAGCAGUGGAACCCUCAGUACCUCCACCAGCAUUUCCUCUCAGAUUUCCACAACAACAUUUGAGAGUGCUGUGACACCCAGUGAGAGCAGUGGCUACGAUUCAGCAGACAUAGAGAGCCUGGUGGAUCGGGAGAAGGAGCUGGCAACCAAGUGUCUGCAGCUUCUGACUCACACUUUCAAUCGGGAGUUCAACCAGGUGUACAACAGCAUCAGUGACUGCAAGCUGUCAGAUAUUUCCCCGAUUGGGCGGGACCCAUCAGUGUCCAGUUUCAGCAGUGCUACCCUCACACCUUCAUCUACCUGCCCUUCUCUGGUGGAUUCCAGAUGCAACUCAAUUGAUCAGAAGACACCAGAAGCAAAUUCUCGUGCCUCCAGUCCCUGUCACGAGGUGGAACAGUUCCAGCUAAUUCCUGCAGUAGAAACUUCCUAUCUUGCCAGAGCUGGAAAGAAUGAAUUCCUAAACCUUGUUCCUGAUAUUGAAGAAAUCAGACCAGGCUCUGUGGUCUCAAAGAAAGGAUACCUCCACUUCAAGGAGCCACUCUCCAGCUCCUGGGCCAAGCACUUUGUGGUGGUUCGUCGUCCCUACGUUUUUAUUUAUAACAGUGACAAAGAUCCUGUAGAAAGAGGAAUCAUAAACUUAUCCACAGCUCAGGUGGAAUACAGUGAGGAUCAACAGGCCAUGGUAAAGACACCCAACACAUUUGGUGUAUGCACAAAGCAUCGUGGCGUCCUGCUUCAGGCCAUCAAUGACAAGGACAUGAAUGACUGGUUAUAUGCCUUCAAUCCACUCCUUGCUGGCACAAUAAGGUCGAAACUGGCUCGAAGACGCACGGGCCAGCUGAAGUACUGAGUCCAUGUAAUGUUCUCAUCUGUUCUCCCUGACUCACUUUCCGAUAGAUGAAGUGUUACCUCUCAUUUUCUCUUUGUGAUUCUUGACGGUUUCUCUUGUAUGUAAUCCUGUGGCUUAACCUCCCCUACCUCCCCCAGUCCUUCAGCACAUUUUGUAGGUAUUCUAACCCUACCUUGUUUCUUUUCACUUGUGCCGAGAAUCCUACUUAGUAGCAUGUGGAGAAACAAAAAGAGAAAGACAAAAAAAAUG